CACCGGAAGUCAGGAACUGUAACAAUUGAUAGUUAAUAAGUGAAUUGAAGACAUUAUGAGUCGUGCGGAAGUGGACUUACAAAUCAGUGUGAAAAAGGCUUGUAAUACCGAUGAAGUUCCACCCAAAAGAAAGCAUGUUAGAGCUUGUAUAGUUUAUACAUGGGACCAUAAGAAUUCACGAGCCUUUUGGAAUGCAGUUAAAAUUCAACCAUUACAAAGUAGUGAAAUUCAAUUAUUUAAAGCAUUAAUUAUGAUUCAUAAAGUUUUACAAGAAGGUCAUCCAAAUACUUUAAAAGAUGCUUAUCGUAAUCGAGACUUUUUAUCAUCAUUAUCAAAUGUAUUCCCUAGUCAUGGUUCAGGAUCUUAUGGUAGAUUAAUUAAUCAAUAUGAUAGAUUUAUUCUUCAAAAAUUAGAUUUUCAUAGAAAUAAUCCUGGAUUUAAUGGAAUGUUUGAAUAUGAAGAAUAUAUUUCACUUCGAGCUGUUAAUGAUCCUAAUGAAGGUUAUGAAUCAAUUUUACAAUUAAUGGAUUUACAAGAUGUUAUUAAUGAUUUUCAAAAAUUAAUAUUUGCAACCAUUAAUCAAACUCCAAAUAAUUUAUGUAAAGUUAGUGCAUUAGUUCCAUUAAUUACUGAAUCUUAUGGAAUUUAUAAAUUUUGUACUUCAAUGUUAAGAGCAAUGUAUCAACAAUUAGGUGAAGAUGAAGCAUUACAAGGAUUAUUUGAAAGAUUUGAUAGUCAACAUUAUAUGCUUCGUGAUUUUUAUACUGAUUGUCAUGCUAUUAAAUUUUUAACUAGUUUAAUUACAAUUCCAAGAUUAGGUAAUUCUCCACCAAAUUUACAAGUAACUGAUGAAGGUACUCCAAUUUCAAGACCAAGAUCAGUUAGUUCAACACCUCAAGUAUCUAGUCAACCAACAUCUAAUUUUGAACCACCAUCUGCUCCUCCACCAGAUGUUGAUCAAUUAAAAUCUCAACAAACUGGAUUUUUAUUUCAACAACAACAAGAACAACAAUUAAUUCAACAACAAUUGGAAUUACAAAGACAACAACAAUUAGAACAACAACAAUUACAACAAAGACUUUUUGAAGAACAACAAAGGAAUCAAGAACGAAUCUUUUUACAAGAACAACAACAAUUACAAGCUCAACAAACUGCUCAACAUCAAGGUAGAGUAUCUGAAUUAGAACAUGAUUUACUUAUGUUUAAAAAUCAAUAUGAUAAUGAUCAAAAUUUAUUACAACAAUAUGAUGCUCGAGUUAAAAGUUUAGAAACUGAAAUGCAAACUUUUAAUGCUACAGCUACUCAACAAGUUGCAAGUAAAGAUGAACAAAUUCGUAAUUUAGAAGAACAAAUAUCUAAUUGGACUAAAAAAUAUGAAUCAUUAGCUAAAUUAUAUUCUCAAUUAAGACAAGAACAUUUAAAUUUAUUAACUAAAUUUAAAAAGAUUCAACAAAAGAUUACUAGUGCUCAAGAAUCAAUUUUAAAGAAGGAAAAAUUUGAAAAGGAUUUAAAGGCAAAGAAUGUUGAAUUAGCUGAUUUAAUUCGUGAACGUGAUAGAGCUAGAUUGGAUUUAGAUAGAUUAAAAGCCAGUAAAGAUCAAGAAAUUGAAAGAUUACAAGCUGAAGUUCGAGAAUUAAAUAAUCAAGCCAAUGAAGCAGGUAAACAAUCAUUAAAUUUAUCUUCAUUACUUGCUCGUCAUGAAACUGAAAAGGAAGAAUUAAAAAGACAAUUAGCUAAUGGAUCAAAUAAUGAAUCAUUAGAAAAUAAAUUACGAGAAAAGGAAGUUGAAUUAGAAAUUGCUCAAGAAUCUUUAGAAAGUGCUAUGAAAGCAUUAGAAUUAACUAAUAAAGAUAAUGAAGAAAUUGUUAAUUCACAAAUUGAUCAAAUCUUAUUAAAAAAUAUUGAUAAAUUAAAGAAUUUAAUUGAUUUAUUCCUUGAAAAUAAUAUUAUUAGAGUUCAAGAUUCAAGACAUGAAUUAGCUUCAACUAUGCAAGCAGGAAAUUUAAAUGCAACUCCAGAAUAUGUUUUAUCAAUUAUUGAAUUAACUUCAGAUACUGGAACUGAUUUUGCCACUAUAUUUAAUAGUUAUAUUGCUUCAGGUAUUCAAUCUUAUGAUGAUUCUGAUAAUACUUAUUCGGAUAUAAUUUUAAAGAGUAGUGAUUUAGCAACCAAUGCCAUUGAUUUAAUGUUAAAUACUAAGGGAAUUACAAGAAUAGUUCCAAAACAAAAUGAAGAAGAAUUAUUAUCAUUAGUUGAAGAUGUAUUGGCUAAAACUGUAGGAUAUUUUGCAAGUUUAAAAUCAGAAAGUUUAAAUUUAUUUGAUGAUGAAGAUGAUAAAAUUGAUACAGUAAUUGAUAGUAAUUUAUAUCUUCAAAAUGCUUUACAAGAAUUAGGUAAAUUUAUUGAUGGAUUAAGAAGUAAAAGUGGUAUUAAUUUCUCUCUGGGUAAUUUAGAAGAAAUUGUUGAUCAUGAAAUGCAACAAACUGAACAAACUAUUGCUUCUGCUUCGAAAUUUUUGGAUGAAUUAUUAAAGAAUCCAGUAAUUUCUGGUGGUGAUAUUGAAGUUCAUGAAGCUAUAUUAGCAGCUGCUAAAUUAAUUAUUGAUUCAGUAGCUAAUUUAAUUGUAGCUGCUACAGAUUCUCAACGAGAAAUUGUUAAUAAAGGUAAAGGAAGUCAAUCACGUACUGAAUUUUAUAAAAAGAAUAAUCGUUGGACUGAAGGAUUAAUUAGUGCUUCUAAAGCUGUAGCAGGUGCUACUAAUGUAUUAAUUCAAACUGCUGAUGGGGUAUUACGUCAAACCAAUUCUCAUGAACAAUUAAUUGUUGCCUCUAAUGAAGUAGCUGCUUCUACUGCUCAAUUAGUAUCUGCUUCAAGAGUUAAAGCUAAUUUUGUUUCGAAGACUCAAGAUCAUCUUGAAUCUGCUUCAACUAAAGUAUCAUCGGCUUGUAAAUCCUUAGUAUCUAAAGUACAAAGUUUAUUAGCUAAGGAUGAAUCAGCUAAUCAAAAUGAUGUAGAUUUAAGUAAAUUAACUCCUUAUGAAGGUAAGACCAUUGAAAUGGAACAACAAGUAGAAAUCUUGAAAUUGGAGAAUAAACUUGCAGCUGCUAGAAAGAGAUUAGGAGAAAUUAGAAAACAUGGUUAUAGAGAUGAUGAUAGCGAUGAAGAGUAGU